AUAGCAAAAUGAAUACAUAAUUGGAAUUCUUAUCACACUAUUUUAAAAUUACACUUUUUAUACUUACAGAAAGUGAUAGUUGCAAACAAUCGACUUAAAAAUGCUAAUGAUCGCGACAAUUAUUCUUUUUUUAAAAUAAAGGACAAUUGAUCUUUAAUAACGUUUCAUCAAUGUAAAAUCUUGUUAUUAUUAUGGAAAAAUAAGUAUUACAGCAAAUAUGAAUACUGUACUCGUUUUUAAAAUAUGUCCUUUAAAUUCUUCAAAUUAUUUAAUAUUUAUUAGAAAGUAGAUGGACACUGACGGAGAUUGAUAAUGGAAUCCUUACAGUCGAUAAUUUCAAUUUGUAAAAAUCUUGUUCAAGUAAAACAAAAAAUUGCAAAAUGAAUAUUUUGCCAGGAACAGCAUCUCUUCUUGAAGAACUUGACAAAAAACUUAUGGUUUUACUAAGAGAUGGCAGAACAUUAAUUGGGUAUCUUAGAAGUGUUGAUCAAUUUGCUAACAUUGUGCUUCAUCGUACAAUUGAAAGAAUUCAUGUUGGAAAAGAAUAUGGAGAUAUCCCAAGAGGCAUUUUUAUUGUGAGAGGAGAAAAUGUUGUACUUUUAGGAGAAAUAGACAGAGACAAAGAAAAGGAUUUACCAUUAACAGAAGUAUCUGUUGAUGAUAUUUUAGACGCACAAAGAAGAGAGCAAGAGUUAAAGCAAGAUCAGAAACGAUUAAUAAAUAAAGCGUUAAAGGAACGAGGUCUAUCAUAUAUUCCAGACAUGGGUCACGAUGAUAUGUUCUGACCCAUGUCAACAUCUUUGAC